AUGAUAUAUUUCAGAAAUUUAAAUGAUGAAAAUUCAUAUUUAAAAUGUGACGAGAAGGUAAUAAUUAUGUGUGGUUUUUCUGAAGACAGUCAUUUGUGUUAUCAUUUGCAUCUAAAAAAUAAUCACACAAAGCCAGUAAUAUUUAACGUCGAACGUCCAUGUGGUCGUGCAUUUGGUGCAACACCUCAUAUCGGUGUAGUAAUGCCUCAAAAUACAGUAACAAUUUACUGUACUUUUCGCUCAGAGCGUAUUGCUAGAGUGCCUGAUGAUGGUAUUCAUAUCUACAGUAUCUUUCAAAAAGCAAUAAGUGAAGAAAUUUUUGCUAAUACAAAAAAUGAAAAAGAAAAGGAGCGAAUAGCUCGGAAGAUUUGGUCAAGUCAUCGAGGGAAAUGCAUAGAAUGCCUUCGUCUACCAGUUGGAUUUGAACCACGUCGACCUCCAGUACACGAACGUCACGUUGAUGCGUGUGGUGAUGAAGUUGUGAGUAAUAAAUUUCGCCCUAAUAUAAAAUUGUCAAAAGAAGAACUACCAACUAGUCAAUUACCGUCUGCAGAAGAAAUAUGCGAAGGAAAUAAGCAUUAA